AUGGCAGAGCGCACGGCUAGCAAAACCGAUGACAUGGAAACGAGUAGCAAGCGCACAUUUAACCAAGGCCAAAGUCCUCGUUCCGAGCACGAGGCUGAGUCAAGUCCGGAACACGGCACGCAUCGAAAACAGGCGUCAAAAUCUGGGGUAACGCACCCGAUGGAGCAGAACGAUAUCAUGGGUGUGCGCGUGGAGCAGAAUCUCGAUGAAUUAGGGAAUGCGGAGGGCGGCGUUUCAUCAACGAAGGUUGAUCCAACAUCCGCGCAGAAUCCUCGGACCCGUGAUAGCCGUGCGAAGCAGAUGGAGUCGCACAUUGUUGCUUUGGCCAGAGGGAUUACGGAGCUAGACAAUGAUCGCAAACGACUGCAAGCCCAGGUUCGCGCCGCGAAGAGCGGCUCCUGGGUCACUAAAAGCAGCCGGCAAAUUCGCGAAGAACUUUCAAGCCUCGAAGAAGCACUACGGCGCUGGGCCGAAGCUUAUAGCGUGGGCGAGCUACGUGCGCUGGAAUCUGUGUCAAUCGAGGAGAAAAACGCGGUUUUGGAACAUUUGAAGGGAUACUGUGCGCAGCAGGACUGGACCAUCCUGCUCAGCAGAGUGCCAGCGAUGACAGACAAACUCCCAGGUCUUCUUAUGCAGGCGUUGCUGGCUAAGGAUAUCUUCCGGUCGAUCUUUGCAAAUCCCUUUUUCGCCUUCGGAGAGGCCAAGGAACCAUCGAAGGCGCACGCGGCCCAAACAUUAUCUUAUCUAUACGCAUCAAUGCUGGAUGUAAACAAAGAAGAGGCCCACAUCUGGCGUUCACAAACGCUCCGGCUUCUGGCCACCCCGCCUCCGAAUUCCGUCCACAAUGCACCGUUGCGCGAGAAAGUAGAAGCCGUGACGAGUGAACUUGCGGUUGGGUUUUUGGCCGGUCCUGCCCACAUACUGUUCCGACAUAGGGAUGAUGCGCGGGCGAUCCGGCGCAACCAGGAACUCUAUCAGCUGUAUCAGACCGCCGGAGAGUUGGCCAUCUCCCUGUGGACUCAACGAUCCUUCAUGAGGUGUUAUUGUUUGGAUGAGCUGGCCGUCUUCCGGGUAGAGCAUCCGGUAAUGAGUGCGCAUUCGAUUCACCGUCAACAUGGGAACGACAGCCGAUUAGAUGGCAAAAAUGCUCUGAUCAUUGUGCAACCAGCCAUCGUUGCCUUCGGGAACGAAUAUGCUGAGCACUACGAUCUGUGUAAGGUUUGGGCGAAGGGGAUUAUCCUGGUGGAUGAGAAUGCGUGA